AUGGAUUAAUGCCAACACUGCCAAAGAAGGUUUUACUUAUUCUCCAAAUAGAUCCAGAAUAUUCUUAAAAUAUUAUUCCUUGGUGAUGGAAUAAUUCUUGGUGAAGAAGUUUGUGAUGAUGGUAACAGCAUUAAUGGAGAUGGUUGUGAUUCAAAUUGUAAACCUUCUCUAAAUAGUUAAUGUGUAAAUAAUCAAUGUGUUUAUAUUUCACACCCUAUGCCAUUAUUGAAAUUUAUAAAAGAAAUAGAUAAUUCUUAAAUUGUUUAUUUGACUUAUGAUGAAUAGGUAAAAUUAUCAUUCAAUUAUUCAAUUCCAAUUUUUAUUAAGUCUAUUGAUUCAAAAAUAAAUAAUAAAGUAACAAAUGUAACCAUUUCUGAAAUAAGUUCAAUAGAUUAAGAAUCUUAUAAAUACCUAUAAAUGGAAAUUUAGAUUUAGUAUGAAGAAAUAGUAACUAAUCCUAUAUUUUCUAUUCACUUUACUGACCUUAAUAUAAUCAUAAAUGAAUUCGGAAUGAAAUCAAAUUAAUAAGAUAUCUCCAUAUAAUUACCAUCUCCAAAUGUUUUAUCUGAAGAACAAAAAUAAAUAACUUAAUCUCUUGUAAACUUUAGUGGAUACUAAAUUAAAAUGAUAGCAGGUUUAAUGUUAGCAUCAUCAUUAAGUGGAAAAUUUGAAAUCAUCCAAAAUCAAAUUGAUUUAAUUUAAUAACUUUAUUACUUAAAAUAUAUUAAUACUCGAAAAGGACAAAAUUUAAUAUAAUUUUUUGAAACAUUUAGGAUUAUUUAACUCACAAAUUUUUAUGAUUUUUUAGGAUUCAAUCCUUCUAAUGAUUUAUUUUUUGAGUUCUCUUAUUAAAAAUCAGAAGCUGUUUUUGAAGAGGAUGGACGCAAUGCAAAUUAUUUUAGUAAUUUCAUUUAAAUCUCAACAGUUUUUGUUUUUGCUUAUUUCACUCAUUUAGGUAUUAAAAUUUUGAUUAAGUACUCUAUGAAUAAAAUUUAGAAAUUUAAAAUUUUUAAUCUUAGUAAGUUACCAUUAUUUGGAUUAUAAAAAAUUACGAGAUUUUCAAUAAAUAAUUUUAGAAAUAAGUUUAGUGAGUAGUUUAAAGGAUUGCUUUAAUCACUCCUUUAUGAAUAUAUAAUAUCUUCAUUCUUAUCUUUAAUAUAUUAAGAUUUUAAUUAAGUUGAAGGAAAAUUGAGUCUAAUAGUAAAUGGAGGCAUCAUUUAUCUAUUAUUUUAUUAUUUAUUAUUUUAAUAGCAUUCAAACAAGAAAUUACAUAUUUAUUUUGCUUACUCAUGUAUAUAAAAGAUUUUAUUUGGAACUAUUUUGAUAGUCUUUUUUAAAUCUCCCAUACUUUAAAUUUAAUUAUGUGCUUUAAAUGACUUUAUUUAUUUUUAUCAUAUAUUUAAAUUAAAGAGAUUGCUUGACAAAUUCGAAUCAUUCAAAAAGUAAUUGACUCAUUUUAUAUUAUUUAUCAUAAAUAUAAUUUAUUUGAUAAAUGAAUUAUACAAAAAUGAUCCAUUUAAGAUAGUAUAAAUAGGUUGGGUUAUUAUUGGUAUGAUGAGCUCAAUAUUAGGCAUAACAUUACUGGCUGAUAUCUGCAAAAUAUCAUAACCAUUUGUAUUAAACUUAAUAAAUAGACUAAAAUCAUAGAGUCCCAUUUUUUAAAAUCAUGAAAUAUUUGUUCAAAUUUAAUAAAGAAAUUAUAUGUGA